AUGGACGUUGAUGAUAAUGAAAGUGCAGCACCACCACCGUUCGACAUUUUCAAGUCCUUUCCAAGAUACCAAGCAGAAGCAUUCAGAGACCUACUCCACGUUUCUGAAAAUUCUUUAAGAAUUGAUGCCUCUGAAAUAAACUUCUUGCGAAGCGUUGACCGGUCAGCUGCUAAAACCCUAGACACAACCGGUAAUAAGAUCUUGUCGCUUAUUAAUCGGCUAGUCGCGAAUUCGGGCUUACUACCAGCAACAGUGACUACUGGUGGUCCGCUUCUUGGUAAUGCAGAGGACAUUGAAAAUAAAUUCAGCGACAUUGUCGAGGUUAUUGACUCUGCACUUGAAAAAGCCGACGUUUGUUUGGAUGAGUAUACUGGUCGUGCGAAAGAAAUUGCUGUGCCAAUAACGGCGAGUACACCGGUCGUUGCCCAGUUGAGCACAAAUGCGGACACUCGCAUUUUGUAUGCGAAAAAUAUCUUGAGGCCGCAACUGAGGUUUCUUGAUACAAUUGACAAUUCACGGGCACCUUUUGUGCCGAAAAUUAAAGAAAAGCCAAAUGCCACCAUGCCAUUACAGACUAAUCCUGCUGAUGGAGAUAGCAUGACAAUUGAUAUUAUUGAUGAUUCGUUUGGAUUUCCACAUCCUUAUAAAUAUGAAAUCAAUCAUUUAGAGUAUCCGGCGCACAUGUUCCAAGUUCCCAAUAGUGAUGGUAAUGGACAAUAUAUGUUUGGGCCAAUAGAUACCACCACUCAUAUCUUCAUCAGUAAAGAGGAAGAGUUGACUGCUCUCUGUGCGAAACUGGACACUGUGCAAGGGAUUGCGGUUGAUCUUGAACAUCACGACUAUCGAUCUUUUCAAGGAUUCACUUGUCUAAUUCAGAUAAGCACUCGUGACCAAGAUUAUAUACUUGAUGCUUUUACUCUCAGACAUGCAAUGCAUGCUCUUAAUAGUUCUUUUACUAACCCAAAUAUAGUAAAAGUAUUCCACGGUGCUAGUUCUGAUGUCCAAUGGCUACAAAAGGAUUUCGGGAUUUAUGUAGUCAAUCUCUUCGACACUUUCCAUGCUUCAAAUGUCUUGGCUCUUCCUCAACACUCUUAUGCUUUCCUAGUGAAAAAAUAUUGCGGUAUAGAAAUCGACAAACGAUUUCAAUUGGCAGAUUGGCGAAUGCGACCACUCCCAACAGAAAUGCUCAACUAUGCUCGUGCCGACACUCACUAUUUGCUUUAUAUAUACGAUUGUAUGCGGAAUGAAUUAUUACAAAAAUCGCCUAACCUUUUGCAAGUGACACUAGAUCGCUCUCGUGAGGUGUCCUUGUUGAAAUAUGAGAAAGAAAGACCUGAUCCAGAGACUGGGAAAGGCAACGGCGGAUGGAAGAAUGAUCUCAGCAAAUGUCAUCGGCCUUUCGAUAAUCAACAAGUAGCUGUCUUUAAAGCUCUUCAUGCAUGGCGGGAUACUAGAGCACGCGAAGAGGAUGAAAGUGUUCGCUAUGUACUGCCAAAUAAUAUGCUGUUUGAGCUUGCGCAGCAAAUGCCCAUCGACGCAUCUGGUGUGCUUAGUUGUUGUAAUCCUACUCCAACAUUGGUACGGAUGCACGCGAUUGAUAUAGCAUUACUCAUUGAAAGAACCAAAAAGGAGGCCGAAGUUUCAUCAAAUAAACCGAUGGAAAUAUCAAAGACAUUAAAUAAUAACUCUUCUGAAAUCGUAUCAUUUGAAAAAAAUUUAGGGAACAUUGCAACACAGAUAGUCAAUGAAUUCGAGUUACCUGAAAACGAAGCUGCUCGAAUUUUAGCAAAAACAUCGAAGUUAUUUGGAAAAGGGCUUGAUGAAAUUACGGAAAUCGAUCCUAAUUCGUUUCAAAUUGUGACUAGACUUUUGGAAAGUAUGGGAGUUUCACCUUCAAUUCCGAAAAAUUUAAACAUUGAACAAAAUCAAAUCCAGCAGCAAUCUACUCAUCUGUUUGCUCCGAUGGAAUCACGUAAAAUAAAAGGAAAAGAGCGCGAAGUAGUAGAUGAUUCGUCAGAAAAUAUGAGUGUCGAUCAAAAUCCAAUUCAACAGCCUAUUCAUCUAUUUACUUCUCAGGAAUCACGUAGAACUAAAUUGCCAAAAGGAAAAGAGAAGGAAGCUAAUGUUUUCUCGAGUAACAUUACUCCCUCUAAAGAUGUCGUAGAAAUCGUGGAUAAUGAAGUAGUUUCUGUACCCACGAACCUGGAAAAGAAUGAACAAGCUGCUGAAAUUAAAAAUGAACCAGGCUCCAGUAAACCUGCUUUAAUGCAACAAUAUGACAAUUACAUUUAUACUGGAGAAUCAAUUAGACAGAUGGCCUCCAAAAAGCGAGGUCGAAGUAGAAACAAGGGAAAGAAGAAAGAAUCGAAUGAAGAUUUCGCUGAAUCAUCUAAAAAAUCGUUAUUCCAAUAUGUCAAAAAUGAGCAAGCUCAAAAAAUGGAGGAAAAAUCAAAAAUCAACGCCCAAGAAAAUACACUCUCUGAAUUAAAUAAACACGAAGAUGAUCUAAUAGCUGAUCCAUCAUACGAUCCAGACACAUUCAAUUUCGGACCAAGUGGCAGCUCUCAAGUUAUGGGUAAAAUGAGGAAGCAAAGAAAAGCUGCUCAAGUUGCUCGAAUGAAAAUAUAUAUGAAAUACAAACAUCCACCAUCUCCACUUACUCCCUCAAGAAAAAAGAAAAAAUCAUUAUUCGAUUUUGUAUUACCACAAACGAAAAAUACUCCUGCAAUUCAUGAUGACUCGGGUAACAGUAGCACAACUGUUAAUCCGGAUACGAGUGAUUACAACGACAUCAACAAAGUUUUUCCUCCAAAGCCGCCCAAAAAAGUAAAAAAGAAGUCCAAGGGAGAAUUUUCCAAGGGCGAAAUUUCCAAGAAAGCGAAAAAACGGGUUGCUGAUGCUCGAUUUUGGGCUCAAUUUGAAGCAACAUUUAAUGGUCAAACGACAUUACAACCCCAAGGUCAAACUGGGCAACUACAUACAGAAAUCCCUGUUAACAAUAAUAACAGCGCAUUUUCAUUGAACUCACGGGUUAAACCUGUUAUUAACAACACAUCAACAACCCCUGUUAACAAUAAUAACAACGCAUUUUCAUUGAAUUCACGAAUUAAACCCGUUAUUAACAACACAUCAACAAUCCCUGUUAACAAUAAUAACAGCGCAUUUUCAUUGAACUCCCGAACUACACCUGUUAUUAACAACACAUCAACAACCAGUACAACAAAUAAUGUCAUGAAUCUUCAAUCACCAUUCCUUUUCUAUUCGCCAAAUCCAAAUAUGAACCUCUCAAAUAACAACCGAUUGGGUUUUCCGAUCACAUCUUUUAGUACCGUUGAUCAUACUGCUCUGCCCUCCAAUAUUCCGACCAUGCAGAAUACUAAUUCGGCAACAUCUAGUUCUUCCACCACAUCUGCUACCACCAAUAGGACUGUGCUGUUCCAAUUACAGUCGAAUAAUUUGUUCAACAAUCCCCCACAUCAACCACAAUUACCACCUCCUAGAACUUCUAGCGGACUCCCGUAUAAUCCUGAUAACUUUGGUACUGCAUCUCAGUCAACAAGGUCGAAUAUUUGUCACCCUUCUUCAGCUUUCCUAGGUGGAAAUCGUAGUAUGACAUUCAGUUUUCCACCUCCACCGCCACCAGGUUCACUAAACACAAACAACAACAAUAAUACGGCGAGCGGAAAUAUCCAUAACAACGAUAAUAAUAACUACACUGGCGCAAAUGGAGAACGAUGUAUAAUACAAUGA